AUGCGAGUGAUUGUCGGUGUCAAGCGCGUUGUCGACUUUGCCAUCAAGGCGCGUGUCAAGGCGGACAAGACUGGCGUUGUGACUGAGGGCGUCAAGCACUCGAUGAACCCCUUCGACGAGAUUGCUCUUGAGCAGGGCAUCCGCCUCAAGGAGAGCGGCGCCGUCAAGGAGGUCAUCGCCGUCAGCUGCGGCCCCACCGCUUGCCAGGAGACGCUCCGCACCGCCCUCGCGAUGGGCGCAGACCGUGCCAUCCACGUCCCCGUCGAAGGCGCAGCGUACGAGACCCUUCAGCCCCUGGCCGUCGCAAAGAUCUUCAAGAAGCUCGCUGAGGACAACCAGGCCAACCUCGUCCUCUUUGGCAAGCAGGCCAUCGACGACGAUGCCAACCAGACCGCCCAGCUCACCUCCGCCCUGCUCAACUGGCCCCAGGGUGCGUUCGCCGCCAAGCUCUCGGUCGAGGGCGGCUCCAAGGUCAAGGUCGUCCGCGAGAUUGACGGUGGCCUCGAGACCAUCGAGCUCAACCUCCCCGCCGUCGUCAGCGCCGACCUGCGUCUUGCCGAGCCCCGCUACGCCUCGCUCGCCAACAUCAUGAAGGCCAAGAAGAAGCCCCUCGACAAGAAGACCCCCGAGGAGCUCGGCGUCGACAUCAAGCCCCGCAUCAAGACCCUCUCCGUCGAGGAGCCCCCGGUCCGCAAGGCCGGCAUCAAGGUUGAGAACGUCGACGGCCUUUUGCAAAAGCUCCGAACGGAGGCUGGCGUCACCUUCUAA